CCCCCAGGCACAGCACUCGAUUUGAGGUUAGCUUUGGAUCUUGAGCAGGACCAAAGUCGCUACUUCUUAGGGGCUGACGUUUUUUCCUGCAGCUUGUAGCUAUUUCAGGAUAAUGGGAUGGAGCAGCCACUCAUGUACGACAUGGGUAGCAGACUAUCGAGCCUUGGUCCCCAUCAGUUAGGAACGGACAUAAAUAAAGUACUUCUUUGACCUAAGUCAACACUUCCAGAUAGCAAAUUCUCAUGGUCACGCUGAGUCGGUAGAGCCCCACCAAAAUGCGACAGUUCAUUCUUCUACCAGUAUUAGCAACUCUUGUGGCUGCCGAUGUGAUUGCAACAUGUGCUCGAGACAAUUGUUUGAGAGCCGUCAUAGCCAGUGGUGCUAAACCAGGGCCAUCGUCAGCUUCGGCAGACUGCUCCUCCUACUUCAAAGGAACAACUUCACACGCCGUCCCAACAUAUGCCUCAGCAUGUUCCGGCUCAGCUCGAUACACAUCAGCAUGCUCCUGCAUCGGGGUCACCAAAACAACCAUCUCCCCCACGUCCACACCCACAACAGACUGCAGUGCAUUCUACCUCAAGAUCCAAGGCGCCACCAAUCCCGACAUCGUAUACGCCGUCCUCCCCAAUGCAGAUGAUCAAUACAUCGCAUCCUUCACCGGCAACACCGCUGAAGCCGCAAAGUUCACUCUCACUGCCGACGGAUCCUUAAUCAGCAGCGGGCACAUCGCAGACAUGGAAAAAGCAACGAAUCUGGGAACAGUGUUCUUCCAAACAAAUCCUACGGCAUCGAAUCGUGUGGUGCUUAAAUGUACGCGUUCUGCUGCGAAUAUUCUAAGCUGUACUGGCAAUGGGGCUUCGACGAAUUUGUUCGAGUUCUGUCCUGGGACUUGUGGGAGGCCGCCGAAUACGGCGUUUUGCGGAGGUGUAUCGUUGGGGAAUUAUGCUGAUGUUAGAUGUGGUAAUUUUACAUUUGAGACUAUUGGGGUGUGUACGGUCUAGUCUUGGGAAGAAAGAUAACAAAAUGUUAUGGGCAAUGCUAACCUGUUCUCUCAAGAGAAUAGUUGAAUCUACACUUUUCAAUUCUGCAUUCAGCGGUUCAAAAUAUGAAUUUGCGACAGGCAAUAUUUUCAUGAUUCAUAGUUGUCAAACAAGACAGAACUCUUCCUGCUCCAGUCCCAUCUCCAUCACCUGACCAUCCAUAAUACCAUACACAUAACUCUCUCCAACAAGCUCAAACCCAUCAUCCACCCUCCUCAACACAAAUGGCACAAUCGCCCCAUAAAUCAUACACACCAGAUCCCCAACAGCCGCAAACUCAGGCGCCAUCCCAACAUACCCUUUCCUCGAUAUGAACGGCCUAAAAUCAUACAAGCACUCCAUAGCAAGAUGAUACUUCCUCCAAGCCGUCUUCUUCCCCUCAUCAGUAUAUCCCGACCGCUCCCCAGAAUUCCUAUCUAUAAUCUCCAGCAAUCCCGCUUGAGCAGCAGGGUCUGCUCGUCGUCGCGUAUAAUCAUGCCAUUGCUGAUCGGCGCAUGGGAUCCUCCAUAGCGCUUCUUGCCAGAAAUUGGAAUCGCUUGAGAUAGGUGGAGAUUUCGUCCGAGCUAGUUGGCAAGCGCCGUGUAUUUCGCCGAGGAGGGUGUCUAGGGAGAGGUCAAGAAGGGUAGCUGUUUGUUGGCAGUUUUCGCGUUUCCAUGGAGUUCCUACGGUCUCGAUUGUGUCGACGAUUAUUCCUGACAUCGUCAACUGUCCCGGUUUGUUGGAUGCAGAUAUCUUGACCUCAUUUGUGCCAGAGGCGUUGAAGAGUGGUUCCCAAGGCUGUCCUCGAUGUUUAUAUGAUCCUAGUGGUUCAGGUAAUGGCAUGCUGAAGUCUGGAACCCAGGUGGGAAGGGUUCUAUUACUCUUCGAUCGAGAUCGACACCAGGAGAGGACAUCUGUGUAAUUGUUCUUCAACAAUGCUCUAGCUGCGUCUUCAAAUACUUCGUGAACGGCUUUAUCAUACGCUACAUUUAUGCCGAGUGACCUCGCAUCAGGCGCGACACCUAGCAGGCCAAAAAUCCUAUCCCUGGGAUCUGUAGCGUAUGUAUAUCCCGAGACAAGGCCAAGAAGCUCCAACAUUGAAGAAUGAUAGUCCGGUCUCUGCUUCUGAUAUCUAUUCCGUGAUCCAAUAAGCCGACUUGGAGCACCGCUUUCAUCGUUCUUUAUGAACUCCUUGAGCUUUUCCUUCGCCGUUGGAUCGACAUCCUCUGGGAUGGCAGCAAGUCGGUCGACGGUCAGAACUCUGUGUAAGCCGAGGAAAAUAAACGCUGCAGCAAAUUGAGGAAAUGUCAACUUCUUCUUUCCACAAACAAUCACGAGUUCGGUCGCCACCGAGAAUUCUUGCACGAUCCACGUGCGAGUGAAAUAGCUUCUUGCGGCCAAUGAUUUUAUCGCCAAUUGCAGGAACUCUACCCCGAUACUUUUCGAUAGGUCUAUGAACGGCUGCCUGACAGAGGAGAGCAAUCCCUCCGGAUCUGGAUCCCAAAGCUUGAGCAUAGUCUCUCGAGACAACUUCAGCUGACCAGCUUCCAUUGCCUCGUCUCCAAUUUUCUUCAUUCCAGUCAUUGCGGCAUCACUGUCAUCUGAAGCUGGUCCAAGCCAAGCGAAAACAGAUGUAGCAGCUUUAUAGAUCUCCGUCAUUCGUUUGACUUGCUCGGUCUUCUCAUUGUUGUCUUUCUGGUUUAUGCAGAUGGCGUCUAUCCAGAUCAUGACUGGCUCAUCGGUCUGAAUGUGAAGAAGUGCUUCGUGUAAACUGGCUGUAAUUUGGAGCGUCUUGUCGUUGACGAUAAUCUUUUCGAGCUGAGAGACAUCGGCCCAGGUGUAGGAAAGAGCAAUAUAAGGAGGUUUCUCGUCCCAAUUGAAGGAUGCCAAUGAAGUCUGAACGAGAUUGGAACUCUCUUGCACGCUAGUCAAGGCUACUCUGGGAGCGGGGAAAAGUGUCAAGAGCCGAAUCUGUUUCGUUGGGUCGAAAGGGGUUUUGCUGUACUCAAAUGAAGCCAUUUGUUCCUUUGUUGACAAGAGUCCGGCUAUUAUCUUGGCAGAAA